AUGUCCUCAAUACAGGCCAAUACCAGCCCGACGAUACCCCCGCCGUCUACUCCUCCAACCCCGAACACCCCAACGUCCCAGAGCCGGUUCGAGAAGGAUGACCUGUCGACUACCGCUGCCGCGGCCAGUAGUACGGCUUCGUCGCAGCUGCUGGACGCCGUCAAGGAUGUGCGCCAGAUUAUCAGACUGGCGCAGUGCUGCGUGUGCUCCCGCAUAGUCCAGGAGCCGACGACGCUGCCCUGCGGCGAGAGCUUGUGCAAGCAGUGCAUCCCGCAGACGUAUGUGCGCACCAACAUAUCGUGGCCGGCGACGGCGGGGCGGCUGCAGGCAUUCAAGUGCCCCUUUACGAGCUGCGGGAAGGAACAUGCUGUCGGCGACUGCAGCAUCGAUGUGACAGUGAACAAGGUGCUGGCUCUGUUCCGGGCGGCGCUGGACCAGGAUCGAGAUGUCAGUGACUUGUCUAAGCUGGCGACAUCUGUAACCAUUCACGACCGCUGGAAAGUGGCUGGACUGCCCAGCUUGGAGGAGAAAGAUGAAACGACCAAGUUGUUGAAAGGAGGGCGCAUCCUGGCGACUUACACCCUCGUCAACAACGGCGUGCUAGAAUACGGAACGGAGGUGUUGUAUACCUCUGUCGGCGCUCCAGAGGCUGAGGUCUCCAAGGUCGAUGCCGCCUUAUUUCUGAGGUUGAAAGAGUCGGUGCGCACUGAGAUGGACUGCCAGGUCUGCUAUGCGCUGUACCUCGAUCCCUUGACCACAUCCUGUGGUCAUACAUUCUGUCGGAAUUGCCUGCAGCGGGUGCUCGACCACUCGAUAUACUGUCCGAUUUGCCGCAGGGCGCUAACCAUACAGCCUCAACUCAAUUCGAACUCCUUUCCCUCGAAUCAGCGGCUUUGCCAAAUUAUCAAUGGCUUCUGGGCAGAUAUCGUGGCACUCCGCUCCCAAGCUGUUCGCAUCGAACAGCAGUCGAACAUUGGGGAUUUCGAUAUCCCCCUCUUCGUCUGCACCUUAUCGUUUCCCGCCAUGCCGACAUUCCUGCAUGUUUUCGAACCACGUUAUAGACUCAUGAUUCGGCGGGCGAUGGAGGCUGAUCGAACUUUCGGCAUGGUGCUCCAUAAGCAAGGUCAGGAUGCAAACCCCCAUUUCCACGCAAUCGGCACGUUGCUGCGCAUUGUAAACAUUGAAUAUUUUCCCGAUGGGCGGAGCUUGUUAGAGACCGUCGGCGUGUCGCGGUUCAGAGUCACGCGCCAUGGACAACUUGACGGCUACAUUGUGGGUAACAUCGACAAAAUUGACGACAUCAGCCUGGCCGAGGAGGAGGAAAUGGAAAUAGUCGAAACGAUGCGCGGUCAGGGGGUGCAAGACUUCACCACGCCGAUGACUUCAUCCACGACUUCGCAGACCAGUGUGACGAGAACAACGGGGAGGCGGUUGUCUUCGGCUUCCAUGCCCCACGUGGAAGACCUUGAGCACAUGUCCACUCGCCAACUACUUGACCUGAGCGUCGACUUCGUGAGGAGGAUGCGAGCCCAGAGCGUGGCUUGGCUCACGACUCGAGUACUAGCAAUUUAUGGCGAAUGUCCUACCGACCCAGCCAUCUUCCCCUGGUGGCUUGCGAGCGUCUUGCCCGUCGUUGACGAGGAGAAGUACCGUCUUCUUGGAACGUCCAGUGUCCGCGAACGCAUGAAGAUCUGUUGCCGGUGGAUUGUGGAAUGGGAGUCUAGCAGAUGGUAA